UCGUGGCCUUCCCCAGCAGCCCACGAAAGCGGUGACCUGCCAUAUCUCGGAUCCCUUACAUCAACAUCCACCUCCCGGGUAGAAAGAAGCAGCUUAACCACUGCCUCGUGGCCUUCCCCAGCAGCCCAGGAAAGCGGCUCCCUACCAUAUCUUCGAUCUCUUAUGUUAACAUCAACCUGUGCAGUAGCAAGCAAUUGCUUCACAAUUCCCUCACAACCUUGUAUUGCUGCCAGAAGCAGAGGAGUACGGUUAUCAGAGUCCUUGGAGUCAACUUCUACCUUUCCUGUAUCGAGAAGGCACCUUACUACUGCUUCGUAGCCUUCCCUUGCUGCCCAGGAUAAUGGGGUCUUGCCCCUUGAAUCCUUGUUAUUGACAUCAACCUCUCCGCUAGCAAGGAGGAUUUUUACCACUGCCUCGUGGCCAAAC